AUUCUCUGGUGGACCAGUGGUUAGGACUCAGCACUUUCACUGCCGGGGUCUGGGUUCAAUCCCUGGUCGGGGAAUUAAGAUCCCACAAAAACAAACAAACAAACAAAACAGAUGGGACAUAGAAUUAAAUAUAGUGAAAAACUAUAGAUCUUCCAAAUGAAAAAAAAUAAAUAAAAAAGAAGAGGAAGAGACACCAGAGCUCUCUCUCUGCCAUGGAAAGAUACACCAAGAAGAUGGCCGUUUGCAAGCCUGGAAGAGAGCUCUCAGCAGGACCUGACCAUGCUGACAACCUGAUCUGGGACUCCCAGGCUCCAGAACUGAGAAAUAGUCAUCUGUUGUUUGAGCCCCCAGUCUGUGGUCUUUGCUAUAGCUGCCAGAUCAUAUUUAUGAUCUCUUGUGCACAGUCACAGCAAGUGCUCGGUAAAUAGUAAGCAUUUGUUAUUAUAUGUGUAACAAAUACCUGCUCUCUAUGGUGGGUCUUUUCAUUUUCAUGAUAGCAUUUCAGGCAAAAAAAAAAAAAUGUUUUUUUUAAUUUGGCUCAAGUGCAGCCUUAACUUGGUGAAACAGGAACACUCUACUUUGCUGGUUAGGUAAGGAAGCAGGAGUAGAAGCCUGAGUAACUGGCACCAGACCCCUUACUCCAUGACAGUGAAGGAAUUCCUUACUCCACAGGGAAUCGAUGUCCUCGACAUUCCGGCUAGCGCACCGCUGCAGAAAUCAUGCCAACUGAAUUAGGAAGGUUUCUUUUGGUUGCUAGUGACAUAAAUAAAAAAUAAAUGGGAAAAAGAGAGGAGAAUUAUUGACUCCGUUAAUGUAAAAGUCUGGUUUUGAGCACACCCGAUUGAGGGGUUGUCUGCUCGCGGGAAUCUUGUCACUGGCUCUGCUUCCCUCAGCGUUGUCCUCACUCUCAGGCAGGGUCUCCGGACUACACGGCCAAGGUAGAGCUGAGCCACUCGGGGCUUACAUGCCGUCCGCUUAGUGGCCUCAGGGAAAUAGAAGCCCUGUCCUGACUCCCAGGUACUGAACAAGGGGUGUGACCGAGGGGGCGUGACCAGGGGCUGAGGUGCUCUGAUUGGCUGUUCUGAGUCACAUGCACUUCCCUGGAGCUGGAGGGAGGGGCCAGCCCUACCAGAGCCACAGGGCUUGAGAAUAAGGGGCCCGUGGGUCCCCAAAACAUAAUGGGGGUGCUGAUUCCGGAAAGAGGUCGGGGGUGCUGGGCUCACAAAGCAUCUACUACAGUAACAUCAAUGCGUUCUUCUUACCUUGGCUGGGGAAAGCAUAUUUGGGACUCCGGAUUCAAGGAGCGAUGUGGGGAGUGAUGAUCGAGAGAACACUUGCUUGUGGGUUGUGAGCAGAGCCCUGAAGCAUGGCAGCCGGCAGGCAGCUAGGAAGAGCAGCAGCCUGGAGGGGCCUUGCAGGAGGGGCCGGGGAAGGGGCAGGUAGGAGGCCAGAGCAUCUGACAGGAUUUUUACAUCAUUGCGAGAUGUCAGGUUUUACUAAAAGCUUCCUCCUACUGUUAGUGGUACUUUGGGGCAAAUAAAGGGGAGAGGGCUGUGACCUCGCGGGGUGAGAACAUGGAGAACAGAUAAUGGGAUGGUGGAAGUGACUGUAGAAAUGGCAGAGACAGCAGCCAAAGCCGGUGAUGAUAGGUGACCAUAGAUGGGAUCACAGGACGUAGUCAUGACAUAGAACGUUCAUUGAGCAACUACUGUGUGUCAGGCACUGUUCUGAACAUGUCUCACAUAUCGACUCAUAUGUUUCUCACAACACCCAGAGAUAGGUCUUAUUAUUACCCCCAUUGUAAAGAUGAGGAAACUGAGGCACAGAGAGGAUAAGUGACUUGCCCACGACACACAGUUCUGAGUGGCAGCUCUGAGAUUUGAACCCAGGCCCUCUGACUCCUAACCCUGUCACCUGCCUCACAUGGAGGGUCGGUCUUUGCAAUUCUAUAGGAAGAAAACCUGUUUAUAACCUCCUUUUUGUGGCCACACAGCCGGGAGGCACAGACAAUAUCUGUUUGUCCAUCUGGAGGGAAAGAUGCCAGAGGGCUGAGGGACAUCUAGUAUCACAGAGGAGACAAGGCUCUUCUGGGGCAGGAGACCCCCCUGCUGAGUGUGGAAGGGCUGUGGGGAUGAAAACUGGUGAGUUUCGGCCACUUGAAACCUAUUUCUCCCAUUUCUUCCAAUGGCUCUGAGGUAGGAGAUAGAUAGGCCCCAGACUCAGCAGCUGCAGCUGGUCUCCUGCUGAUGCUUUGAGAUGGGAUACCAGCGGGAGCAUCGGGCCCUGAUUGGGUGCAUUCUUGUGGAUUUCCCAGCCCAACACAUGUGCAGAGAAGGCCUCAGUCUAGGUUCAACCAUCAGUGUCGAGGUAAAACCAACAAGAGGGAAUGCUUCAAAUAUAAGUCAACUGGCCACUGGGCCUGUAAAUGCCAGGAGCGCCCCCAGGCCAUGCCCAGUCUGCAAAGAGACCGGUCUCUGGAGAUGGGCGUGCCCUCAGUCCUGAAGGGGAAAGGCGUCUCUGCUCCAGAUGGCCAUGCUGGACAACUGAGGCGGUCCCAGGGAUUCUGGCGGCUCCCCCAUGCCCCCUCACGAGCUGUCUGUCUCUGUCGAGGAGCCCCAGGUGGUCCUUGAUGUGGCAGGUAAGAAGAUGGAGUUUUUAAAUUGAUACGGGAGCCACUUAUUCUGUCUUGAUUUCUCAUGCUGGGCCUCUUUCCUCUAAAAGUUGCACAAUUAACUGGUGUUGACAGACAGCCUUGAGCGCAUUACUUCCCUGGGCCCCUCGCUUGCCGGUUUGAACAGUGUUUGAUCUCACAUGCCUUUCUAGUUGUUCCUGAGUGUCCUACCCUACUACUGGGGUGAGACCUUCUGGGCCCCCUUGGGGCUAUAUUAGGGUUAAGGGUGGGCCUAGGGCAGCCCUUUGUCUUGACCCUGGCUAAGGCAGAUCGAUGGGAAAAGCAAGGGCCUGCUCGAAGGCUGAUCUUCAGCGCUUGCUGUUUUAACCUGCUUGUUAAGUUUGCUUUUUCCAGGUUACAGCAAUUCAAGAUGAUGGCGAUGCAGGGAUUGCAUCCACUGCCUGAAACCAGUCCUGCCGGAAUAACAGCGGAAGUUGCCCUGGGGCCCCGAACAAGGCAAGACAAGAACCAAGGUCCUUCUUCCAGCCGCUCCACCACCAGAAUCAGCUACAGCAUCCUUUUGGGGAAAUACUAUUCUACCGAACCCUGAGCCACAGGUGGGCAGGAUGGGGUGUCAUAGUCACCGGUGGGCCUUGCCCCAGCCCAGGACAGGUAGGUGCAGAGCGGCCCCUCCAUGGUCAGCUCUGCCUGGGGCGACCAGGCUGAGGUCUGCCUUGUCGGGGAGGGGAGAGAUGGGGGUCCCACUUUGGGUGACUGAGGAGUUACAGGGACAGGGAGAAAAAUGGAGAGGGACAGAGAGUGAGGCACAUACAAGAAAGACACAGAGAGAAAAAGAGACACAAGAAGAGAUAUAAAGAGAGAGAUGGAGGGACUUCCCAGGCGGUCCAGUGAUUAAGACUCCAUGCUUCCAAUGCAGGGAGCGUGGGUUCGAUCCCUGGUUGGGAACUAAGAUCCCACAUGCUACGCAGCCCGGCCAAAAAAAAAAAGAGAGAGAGAGAGAGAUGGAGACAGCGGGAGAUACAGAGAGAGAUACAGAUACAGAUAAACAAAAAAUGGAGAAAGACAAAAGGAGACCAGAGAGAUGGACAGAGACAGUGAGGUCAAGAUAGAGAAGAGAGAUAACAAUGGCAGGCAGAGAGAGAAACUGUCAGAUGGAGAGACAGAGAGAGAGAGAUACAGCAGUAAAGAUAACUCCCUCCAGGAUAAAGCAGGCUAUAAAAAAGGCAGAUCAAAGGCACUAAAAAAAAAAAAAAGAUGCCUCUCUCCAUCCCUGCCCUUCUCAACCCCACAGAGGGAGGCCUGCAGGGACAAGCUGGCGGAGAUGCACCGCCCACACUGACCUCCUUCUAGGCACUCCCACAGCAGCAGCCGGUCCUCCUUCAGCUCUGCCCACCUUCCCUCCUGCUGCUGGCCAAGCCCAUUAAGCUGCUACCCUGGCCACAGCUGAAGGCCCCACGCCCUGAGGAGGAAAACACUGAAGAGGCAUCCUUGCUCCCUGCACACCAAACCAUCAAUUAGUAUUAACGAGGGAAGGUUCCUCUCUGCCUAAAGACCCCCAUCUGGGCUCAGAUGGAGGGGAGGCCCCACCCCCAUGACUCAGGAGGUUAAAGGGCCUAGAUCCGGCCUGUGAGCCCACAGUGUCCGGAUGGCGUGUGGCAGAAAGAGAGUCACCAUCCAGCUGGUGAACCAGGAGGCAGGGCCUGGAACCAAGGGCCCAAAGCCCUCUCGGGGCCAGAACUACAAAGCAAUCCAAGCAGCCUGCCUGGAUGAGGGGAUCCUGUUCCGAGAUCCCUAUUUCCCUGCUGGCCCUGAUCCCUACUUCCCUGCUGGCCCUGAUGCCCUUGGCUAUGACCAGCUGGGGCCCGACUCGGAGAAGGCCAAAGGGGUGGAAUGGAAGAGGCCCCAUGAGUUUUGCGCUAAGCCCCAGUUCAUCUGUGAGGACAUGAGCGGAACAGACGUGUGUCAGGGGAGUCUGGGUAACAGCUGGUUUCUUGCAGCCGCUGCCUCCAUCACUCUGUACCCACGACUCCUGUCCCAGGUGGUCUCCCCGGGACAGGGCUUCCAAGAGGGCUACGCAGGCGUCUUCCACGUCCAGCUCUGGUAGUUUGGCUGCUGGGUGGACGUCGUGGUGGACGACAGGCUGCCUGUGCGUGAGGGGAAGCUGAUGUUCGUGCGCUCGGAUCAGAGGAACGAGUUCUGGGACCCACUCCUGGAAAAGGCCUACGCCAAGCCCCAUGGCUCCUAUGGGGUGAUGCGAGGCGGCCACAUGAAUGAGGCUUCCGUGGACUUCACAGGCGGUGUGGGCGAGGUGCUCUACCUGAGGCAGGACACUCCAGGCCUCUUCUCUACCCUGCGCCAUGCCCUGGCCGAGGGGUCCCUCGUGGGAGCCACUGCCCUGAGUGAUCGGGGCGAGUACCGUACAGAAGACGGGCUGGUGAAGGGACAUGCAUAUUCAGUCACAGGCACACACAAGGUGUCACGGGGCUUCACCAACGUGCGUCUGCUGCGGCUGCAGAGCCCACAGGGCCGAGUGGAGUGGCCUGGGGCCUGGAGUGAUAGAUGCCCAUGCUGGGACGUGCUCCCCACUGAGUGGCGAGAUGCCUUGCUGGUGAAAAAGGAGGAUGGUGAGUUCUGGAUGGAGCUGCAGGACUUCCUCUGCCACUUCGCCACCAUCCAGGUCUGCUUGCUGAGCCCUGAGGUGCUGGUCCGCAGCCCGGCUGGAGGCGGCAGGCACAUCCACACCUUCCAAGGCCACUAGGUACGUGGCUUCAACUCUGGCUGGGGCCAGCCUCGUGCCAAAACCUUCUGGACUCACCCCCAGUUCCGGCUGAUGCUGCUGGAGCCUGAGGAGGAGGACGAGGGGCCCUGGGAGGGCUGGGGGGCAGCAGGAGCGCAGGGCCCCACUGGGGGGCGCACCCCCAAAUGCACUGUGCUUCUGUCACCCAUCCAGCGCAACCGGCGGCCCCUGAGGGCCCAGGGCCUCACAUACCUGACUGUGGGCUUCCACGUGCUCCAGAUCCCAGAGGAGCUGCUGGGACUGUGGGACUCCCCGCGCAGUCGCGCGCUCUUGCGGGGCCUGCUGCGCGCCGACCGCUCGCCCUUCUGUGCCCGCCGCGACGUGAGCCACCGCUGCCGCCUGCGCCCCGGCCACUAUCUGGUGGUACCCAGCGCCCGCGCCGCCCGCGCCGCCCGCGCCGCCCGCGCCGCGCGGGACUUCACGCUGCGCGCGUUCUCCGAGCGCCGCCACACCGCAGUGGAGGUAGAUGAUGUGAUCAGCGCCGACCUGCGUGCCCUCAUGGUCCCCUACAUUCCCCUGGACCUAGAGAUGCAGCAGCUGUUUCAGGAGCUGGCAGGAGAGGAGGAAGAACUCAAUACCCCUCAGCUCCAGACCUUAUUAAGCAUUGCCCUGGAGCCUGCCAGGGCCCAUGCACAGACUCCCAGAGAAAUCGGGCUCAGGACCUGGGAGCAGCUGGGGCAGCGUUUUGGGCAUGGGCGAAGCCUCGACCUGUACCACUUCCAGCAGCUCUGGGGCCACCUCCUGGAGUGGCAGGCCACAUUUGACAAGUUCGGUGAGGACGCCUCCGGAACCAUGAACUCCUAUGAACUGAGGCUGGCCCUGAACGCAGCUCAGAGGCGGCCUCCCCCGGGCUUCCACCUGAACAACCAGCUGACCCAGGCCCUCACUAGCUGCUACCGGGACAGCCGUCUGCGCGUGGACUUCAAGCACUUGGCGUCCUGCGUGGCCCAGCUCAUCUGCCUCUUCCGCCACUGCAGCCAGCACCUGGAUGGGGGCGAGGGGGUCGUCUGCCUGACCCACAGACAGUGGAUGGAGGUGGCCAUCUCCACCUCCCAGGACCUCAGCCUGGGAGCCCUGCCUUUCCCUUCUCCCAGCCGGGACCAGGGUUUCCUCUACAGGAAGGGGGCUGAUGCCCUGAUGUUAAGCAGUGAUUCAGAGCGUGGCCUUGGGAGCCAGCCUGCCUGGAGCUGACUUCCGGCCCCCCCACUCACCGGCUGGGUGACACUGGGCAAGUCACUGCACCUCUCUGGUAAACGGGCAUGGUAACAGCACCUUUCUCAUGCAGGCUGCACGAGUUAGCCCACGUUACACGCUUACAACAGUGCGUGACCUGGAGUGGGUCCCCAACAGCACUCCUACUUUCACACACUCAUGGGAACAGGGAUCGGGGCACUCCCACGCCCCACCUCACUCUGGCAAGAGGUGCUCUAUCAUCGCUCUCCUAAGAGGUGGAGAACAGAUAGAAAAACAGAGGACACUGUAGGAAUCCUUCUUAAAAAUAUUACAUGUUUUAUUAUCCUGUCCCCAGAAGGGUGGUUUAUCCAGAAACCGAGAAAAAAAAUAAUCAAUCGGAAUAAACUCAAAAAAAAGGGGGGGGGAGGUGGUGGAGUGAAACCAUCCACUAACAGGCAGCUAGGCCAGCAGCCCACCCUCCGCCUCGGGGGGGGGGGGUCCCCAGAGACCCACACCGACGGCAGACAUCAGAGAAAUCAGUAAGGGGCUGGGGGAGGGGAGCAAAUCAGCUAUGUCUUCAUUAUGAGAGCAAGAGGCGGCGAAGAUAUGCUGCUAGGUGAAUAUAUAUUUAUAUAAUAAAUCCGUAAGUUAAUAAAGUAAAUAGUAAUUCUCUGAAAGUUUUUUUCAUAGUUUUUUUUUUUUGUGGAUUUUUGUGUGUUUUUUUUGUGUGUGUUUUGUGUGUGUGUUUUUUUUCUUUUUUUCUUUUUUUUUUUUUUUGCCGGUGGAGGGGGUCCUUAGAAAAUCUGAGAGAUACGCAGGUCCAGACAAAGCAAGGUGGGGGCUGGCUGGGGGUGAGGGUGGGAGGCUGGUCUGCCCAACCCCACUCCUGGUGCAGAAGAGGGGGGACUGAGCUGAACCCCCUCAUCUCCUGGCGAUGCCAAGUGAGGGGAGGGGACAAGGGAGCAGGGAGCAGGCUGGUCCUCUUUCCUGCCGGGCAGCUGUGGCACCCUCUACGGGGCCCAUCGCAGGCCCGGGCGGUUCCUGGACAAGGCACGUCGGGCUUUGGCCUGGAUGUGGGAGGCCUUGAAGGGACCUCAGGGGAGAAGAAAUGGACCAGGGGGGUGGUGAGGGGUGGGCGUUUCUAGGGCUUGGAGGGGGCCUGUUUUACUGUGAGGAUCCACUGUCCCCUCCACAGAGUUAAAAAAACAAAACAAAACAA